UAUAAAUACGGCAUGGUACACAAACAUGUGUGGAAAAGUCUAACCACAAUCGCCAGGGCCUCCAUACCUGUCUUCACACUCCUCAUCCCAAGAAAGAUAUACACUGCCCACUAUAAAACAAGAACCAAUUGUGGUGGCUGUUCAAUUUUUUUUAUCAUUCUCCGUAUUUGAUGGCUGGAUUACAGAGAUCUACGACGUCCUUCCGGAGACAGGGCUCAUCAGGACUAGUAUGGGAUGACAAAUUAUUGACAGCAUCAGGUGAAUUGAUUCAGCUCGGCAAUCCAAGAGGAGAAACUGACAGAGAAGAAGAAGUUAUCAAAGGAGAAAAGCCUAAAUUGGAAGUGUCAGUGCCUGAUAAGGCUUCAUCAAAAACGGCUGGAUCCAUGGACAGGAGCCGAUCUAAUCGUGGUUUCCGUACCGGUAAGGUUUCGCCGGCAAUUGAACCGCCGUCUCCUAAAGUAUCUGCAUGUGGAUUCUGUAGCGCUUUUGGAAAGAAUGAUAAAUCUAACCGUCGACCUAAAUCCGGUAAGCGCAAGAUGUAAUAUUAUUCCGGUGAUAAGGGAUUAGGUCAGAUAUGGUUGGCGCAACUAACGUUCAUCUCGAUAAGGAUGAGGUGUCAGAAUUUUGGUGCUAGAAGACAACUGUACUACUUGUUUUAUGCAUAUUUGGCUUUUUCUCUGCCAGAUUUGUUCUCCUUUAGGUUCUACAGGGGACAAUUUCUUCCGGUGUCUUACUUUUCUUGGUUGGCUGGGUAAUGGAUGUGCAUAAGUGCUACUAGCUUUUUUCUUUUUUUUGUUAAGCCGCCGUGAGUCAUUUCUCGUUGUACAAAGUUGAAUCUAAAAUUGGGACCAUCUCUUGCUUUAUCUUCUGGUAUGUGAAUUGGGGAUAUCAUCUCAUGUUAUAUCUUCUGUAUACGAGUAUGUUUAUUGUAUACUCUUCCUCUAUAUUAUUCUAUGUAUACGGUCUUCCUCGCUA